UCCAUAGAACCGCUGCGAACAGUGAACUGUACGUCCGGUUCACUGCCGAAAGUCAUACCUCUGGACACGGAAUCCCUGUCACUAACCAACCACUCAUUGGAUUCACUGCCGGCCGACAUAUUUGUAUCGUUACAUCACUUACAAGAACUGAAUCUCACGUACAAUGGACUCAACCAUUUGGGAAGAGGCCAUGUGUUCAACAACUUGUCUCAUCUGAAAGUGUUGGACUUAUCCCAUAAUAAUUUGCGCCAAUUAUUUGCCGGUGUUUUUCGAGGCCUACGGCGCCUACAGGCCCUCUUCAUCAGCGACGGAGGGCUCAAGUAUUUGGAUGAACACACCUUUGAUGGCAUCGAAAUGCUGAAUGAGUUGGUGUUGUCUUAUAAUCAGAUUUCAUCCAUUUAUUUGGAACUCUUUCAAAGUAUUUCUAACCUUAAGACCUUAAACCUGGAGCACAACUCCAUAUCCCACCUGACCGGGGGCAUAUUCACAUCGAUGACCACAUUGCAAAAACUACAAUUAUCUCACAACAAGAUCAUCACCAUUAAUGACAACGCGUUCGUCGGGUUAGACAUGUUAGAGGAACUACACCUCGAGAACAACAGUCUGGUUCGGGUGCCAAACAUCGCCCUCCAGUCCCUCAAACGCAUUGUCGCCAUUCGCAUGGAUAACAACCCACUCCAGCAGUUGUCUACCGGUGACUUCGUGCACCUGCCGGCCAACACCAUUACGCUGACCCAUUGCCCACACCUGACCCUCAUAGACAGGGGUGCCUUCUGGGAUCUGCCCAACCUCUACACACUGGUGCUCCACAGUAACCCGAAACUCGCGUAUAUAGACUCCCAGGCCUUCGUGGGCCUACCACUGCUGCACACCAUCGAGUUGUACGACUGCGGCCUCAAAGCCAUUCAAUACGAUAUCAUGAGUAAUAUAUUAGGCAACGGUCUGACCACUAGUGUCACACCAAACAGUGGUGUCAAACACGACCACCACUUUAAGCAUCGACCCAUUACUGCCAGUUUACAGGGAAAUCCAUUUGUCUGCGACUGUAAUGUCCACUAUUUAUAUGAGGUUUGUCUGCACUUUUAG